AUGGCUUCCCCUAGCGUCCUCACUUUUGACGCUGAGGGUCGGGCGGUGGAUUUUGAGGUUUGGGUAGAUGAUCUACAGCUUUUUCUUCACUGCGAUAGGGCAGACGGCCUCUCCCUGUUUGACCUCACUUCUGGUGCCUCCCCUGCCCCUGCUGCUGAUGCUAACGCCACUGUUCGCUCCCAGUGGGCCACACGUGAUGCUGCUGCUCGCCUUGCUGUUCGCCGCCACUUACCGACCACAGAGCGUGCGCACUUUAGCCAGUAUAAGAGUGCCCAGACCUUGUACGACGCUGUAGUUGCACGCUACUCUUCCCCUGCCACUGCUGCACUGAGCCGCCUCAUGCUUCCCUUCCUCUUCCCUGACCUUGCUGCCUUUCCCACAAUCGCUGACCUCAUUACGCACCUCCGCACUCUUGACACUCGCUACCACGCUGCGCUUCCUGCUGAGGGUGUUCUCCCUCCCCCCUCUUGCCCUCUGUCGCCUCUGCUGCUGCGGCCGACCUUGUUGGUUUUGAGUCGGUCGGCGCUGCGUCUGUCCCGAGUGGAAGACGCCGCACUCGCAAGGGCAAGGGGGGCAAGGGCUCUAGAGGGGGUGGAGGGGGCGGUGGAGGUGGUGGUGGAGGCGUUGGAGGGAGUGGGGGUGGUGGUGGGAGUGGUGUCGGGGGUGGUGGUGGCGGCGGCAGCAGUGGAGGCGGCGGAGGCGGUGGAGGUGGCGGAGGGAGCGGAGGCGGCGGAGGUGGUGGAGGAGGCGGAGGUGGAGGAGGCGGCGGAGGCGGCGGAGGCGGCGGUGGCGGCGGCGGUGGCGGCGGUGGUGGUGCGAGUCGCGACUCUGCACCGAGGAGUGGCUCCGGUGGUGGUCCGCCAGCAGCAGCAGCGGAGUGGUGUGACCAUGUCCCCUCAGCAGCUUCGUGAGUGGUACACUGCACGCCAGCGAGGUGGGUUGGUCCCUACUCCUACGUUCUCCGUACCGGCGACUGCACUGUUCCCUGACGCGUCAGAGAUCCCUCGCUGGGGAGGUCUGGCCAAGGCUAGGGUUGCUAUCUUUGAUCUUGACUUUGAUGCUAUUCUUGAUGCCAUGUAUGCUGUUGCUAAUAGUGUUGAGGGUGCCUAUUACCUGUAUGUACCGCAUGACCCGGGCAUUGAGGCUGCUGCGCUAGGUGCUGGUGAGACUGCUGCUCUUGGUGCUAGUGCGUCUGCAGCCCCAGGUGCUGGUGAGUCUGCUCUCUCAGGUACUGCUUCGGCUCAGGCCCUCCACACCUUCACCAUAGACUCGGGUGCAUCCCGCUCCUUCAUUCGAGACCGCACCACUCUUACGCCACUUAGUCGGCCGGUUGCAGUCUCCCUGGCAGACCCCUCUGGGGGUCCUGUCCUUGCUAGCUUCUCCACUGUCCUUCCGUGCCCUACAGCCCCCUCUGGCACCCUGUCUGGUCUGUAUCUUACCUUGUUCUCUACGAACUUGGUGAGUGGAGCGGACCUACAGGAUCGAGGGGUUGACCAGUUCACUCCUGCGAGUCAGCGAGUGACCCACUGCACGUGUGCUCGGACAGGUCGACACCUGGCCACGUUCAGCCGUCAGCCAGGGUCGAGUGUGUACACCCUUACUACUGCGUCUCCUCCUCCUGCUGCGUCUGCCCAAGUAGCUACACUCUCCUUUGGCACCACCGUCUUGGUCACCCUUCCUUGCCUCGUCUCAGAGGCAUGGCCUCCCGUGUCCUUGUCUCUGGUCUUCCUCGGUCUCUCCCUCCCCUUCCUCCGGGGCCCGACCUUACCUGCGUCCCCUGCGUUGAGGGGCGACAGCGCGCCGCCCCUCACUCCUCCGACAGAGGCUCCGCUGCAGACUCUCCACAUGGACGUGUGGGGCCCAGCCCGCGUCAGUGGGCAGGGACGAGAGCGGUACUUUCUGCUGGUGGUUAUCGACUACUCGCGUUACACCAUAGUCUUCCCCUUGCGCAGCAAGGGUGACGUCACUGAGUACGCCGCGCAUCAGCUCAACCUGCAGCCCCGUAUCUCCAUACCAGAGACCUCCCACGCCUUGCGGUGGACCGGGAAGGUUGGCGAUGCGUCUACGUUUCGGAGGUUCUACCACCCCACCUCGCGACGUGUUCUGUCCUCCCAGGACGUCACCUUUGAGGAGUCGGUGCCUUACUACCGUCUCUUCCCCUACCGCACUGCACCCCUCCCCCCGCCGCCGCUCUUCCUUGCGCCAGGUGCUACUCAGGUAGACCUCCUCCCUCCUCAGGGUCCUGCCCCUUCAGGUGUGUCCCAGGUAGACGCAGUCGAGCCUGUCGAGGUAGCUUUCGACUCUGGUGUUGCUAGAGGUGCUGAGCCAGCGGGUGCCGGGUCUGCGGGUGCUGGGUCUCGGGGUGCUGAGCCUAGGGGUGCUGAGACUGGGGGUGCUGAGACUGGGGGUGCUGAGCCUGGGGGUGCUGCGUCUGGGGGUGCUGGGACUGGGGGUGCUGAGCCUGGGGGUGCUGAGCCUGGGGGUGCUGGGUCUGCUUGUGUGGCCGCCGGUGGUGCUUCGUCGAGGUGGGAGCCGCUCUCUCCACAGGAGCUGCGCGAGUGGUUCAUCCGCCGCUGGAGACGUGCUGCUGAGUCUGGGGGUGCCGCUGGAGCUACUAGACUUGGUCCUACUGGAGCUGCUGUUGGUGCAGGUGCUGCUGGAGGUGGAGCUGCUGGGGGUGUUGGCGCUGGGGUUUCUACUGGUGCUGGUGCAUCAGGGGGUGCUGCUGAGGCAGCUGGUGCUGAGGUUUCUACUGGAGUUGGAGCUGCUGAGGGUGUUGGCGCUGGCGGUGCUGCUGGCGCUGGUGCUUCUGAGGGUCCUGGAGUUGGCGCUGUUGGAGCUGGAGGUUCUGCUAGCGCUGGUGCUGCCACUUGGGGUCCUGGUGCCGUCCUUGCUGGUUCUGGAGGCGCUGCGCGGCCGAGGCCGUACUUCGUUCCCCUCCUGGAGCAGGUUCUUGGUCUCCCUCCCUCUACUGGUCCUGCUCCUCCCCUAGAGUGUCCGCAGCCUGUCCAGUCGCAGUCCCAGUUACAGCCCGCCUCCCCGCUACCUGCUCCUUCUCCCUACACUGGUCCUACUGGAGGUCUUGCUGAGCGUCGUGAGCCUGCGUCUCGUCUUGCUUCGCCUGUUUGUGCUGCUCGUACUAGUGGUCGUACUGCGCGUCCGCGUCCUCCUGCACUCCGCGGCACACACCAAAUGGCACUGCGUCCGUCCACUGCUCCUCUGCGUGUCCCUUUGCCGUCUCCUCCAGAGUCCUCUCUUCCUUCGCUUGCUGACCCGGAGUCCGACUCCCUUCGUGCUGCUAGUCCUUCGGUCACGCGCCUUCUUGCUACUGUUGUCACUGACCCUACCUUUGAGUCCAUUGCUAUGUCUGCUCUAGUUGCUGAGCUUGUCGUUUUCGCUGCUCGCUGUCGUCUAGACUACGCUGCUAGUCUUGUUGCUGCGUCUGCGUCUGUCUGUCCUCCGUCCGUUGGGGGUGAGUGUGCUCUUAGCACGGACGUCCUUGAGGACAGGCAGGAGGAGUUAUAG